AUGAACGUUGCCCUUCUGGUCGUGUUGCUCAGGAAUGUAUCUAUCCCGGCCGACAUGGCGAAAGACUUCGAGGACAAGACGCUCUAUGAGUCGAAGACGAAAGAGAGCGAGAUGAAGCAGGAGUGUGACCAGCUCCGCCUGGACAACGCGGAGGCGCUGCAUAAGCUGCGGGAGGAGUGCGACAACAUCCUCAUGGCCGCGGAGGAGCAGCAGCUAACCUCGCUGGCGCAGACCUCGAAAGAGACGGCGGAGCUCUCCGUGAACACCGAGAAGGAGCUGCAGCUGUUGGCGACGCAGAGACAUGCCGAGGUGGAGGACGUUCGCACGACCUCGGCCCUCGAAAUGGCCAAGAUCAAGGCGCAGAUCACCGACCUCAGGAGAAGAACUGCCGCCGAGAUCGAGACGGACACGGGCAAGCUGGACGCGGAGGCCAGGGCCUACGAGAUGACGCGGCAGGCCACGGGGAAGAUGGAGGCGUCCGCGAAGACCUCGGAGGGCAAGCUCGUUCUGGCACAGGCCGAGGGGAACGCCAUCGAGGCCUUCGCGCCCCGGCGUGCGCAGGAGCAGGAGAUGCGCCGCCUCGACGUUCUCGAGAGGAUGGCAGAGAACCCGGCGAUCAGCGUCGUCACCUCUCUGGAGAACUCCAUGGGCCUCGCCCCGAACAACUCGCUCGUGACCCAGGUCGCCCAGCAGGGCAUGGAGGCGGUCAGGAUGAAGCUGGCCGAGGUCACCUCGGCGAGCGCGAAGAAGGUGGGCAUGGGCGAGACCGUGGCGGGCGGCGUCGUCCGGCCGCUGGUGAAGGCCGCGGAGCAGCAGUGCGCCCC